AUGAAUCAAGAGUCUAUUGAUGAAUCCCUGGAAAGAUUUCGAAGAGAUAGAUAAAAUAUUAGAGAAAAAAUGGCAGAGAGAAAUUAAUUAUAUGAGAAAGCAGCCUAAAAUUAUUUAUCCAGUUUAUAAAGAGAAGUUGAAACAAUAAAAAGAACCAGACCCUUGGCUGAAACAAGAAAUUAAGAGUUUAGAGAAUAAAUAGUAAAUUUAUUUUAGAGAUAUGAAGAUGGAAGUCUGAGAUUAAAAUAAGCAAUUCAAAAAACCAACAUUGAAAAAAUCAAUUAUAAUAACUAUUUAAUUAAGGUGUAUCCAAAUUAUUUCACUGAUGAAAAAAGAAAACUAAAGGAAGAAAAUUAACGACUAAUGUAAUAAUUGCAAGGAUUUAGAUAACAAGUAAGUAAUGUUCCUUUGUAGGAAAUAUAAAACAUUUAAAACGAAUAAUAUGAUUACAAUGAACUAUAAAGAGUUGAUGAAUAUUUGGGAUAAGAUUACUAAGAAUAGGAUUUUUAAAACUAAUAAUACCAUAUUUAAGAAUAAUAAAGAUAGUAGUUUCAGUAACCAUAAGGGCUCUAAAAUUAUUAAAACUAAUCAAAAUAAAACCUAACAAAAUAGUAAGAAUAGGACUUUUUAUCAGAAUUUUUAAUUCCUUAACAAGGGAAAAAAUGA